AUGCCGAACUCCCGCCGCCACACCAACAACGACCCCUUCGAAUCAUCCGAUGAAGACGAGCUGGCUCGUCGCAUCGGGCGCCGCACUCAGCGUCGCCUCGCCCUCGAGGCUCGGCACGAGGAGGCCCGCAACUGGGUGCCUCCCAGGCCGGAGCGCGAAUACGAGGAGGCGGAGAACGUGGACCGGCUUCGGUAUUUCCAGCAGAUGCCAGAGAAGCAGAAGCGCCGUGUUCUCCGCCUGAACCUGCACGAGUCCUAUACUACGGAGCAGGCUAUCGACACUGUCAUGACGGAGGCGAAGCAUAACCUCCUCGAGGCCCCGCUCGCUGCAUGCAAGGAGCUUACCGCGACGAUCCGCCUGCUCUACAUGGAGGAGGCGGGGAAGAUGUUCGGGCAAUGGAAUGUGCUCGAGCAUUUCAUCCGUACCGUUCCGCAGGACCAGGUGAAGGCGGCUGAGAGGAUCUUUCGGCUCGUUUGCCUUGAUCCGUAUGAUCGGCAGUUCAUGAUGUCGGCUGAGCAGCUGGCUCGCGAGCUCAUGAACAGUGACUUCCUGGACAAGCUCCUCCACGAGAUGGUCAAGACUGCCUUCCGUUUCAAGGCGCACUAUGCUGAGCUUCAGGCCCUCCGUCGGUACGAUAGCCCUCCUGCCAACCCGCCGAGGCUUGCCCCGACUGAUGAUAUUGUAGACAGGGUGAGUAAGAGUCUCAAGCUCGAGCGCCAGAUCGAACAGGAGAUCCCCAAGGUCGCUAACUCGCUCCACGCGUACAAGACGCACAUGCGGAAGUGGCUUAGGAUGAUCCUCGAGCUGCACCCGUCCAACCCGGCGGCUCAGAAGAUCUCCAACAGGUAUCCGCAGCUGUGGAAUCGCGGCUACUACAACGUUGCCGAGUGCUUCUCGGCGAUCAUUGACGAGCUCGGAGAGCAGGAGCUCAAGGGCUACGACGCGGACGAGCCCUUCACGAUCAUGUGCCUGGCAUUUUACCACUGCUGCAUCGGCACCGUCGGUCGCGUUAGCUACAACCAAAUCGAGCGCGUGAUCGCCAGGCACGAGUGGCCCGAGGCCAGCACCGCCGACCUUGCCAGGGCCGUCCGCGACGGCAUCUCCCACGUCUACCGCAGAGAGUCAUCCCGCUACGAGAUCAAGGUCGGCAAAUACCUGAAGGAGGACCUCAAGGACGAGUACGACAUGAACCCCGCAGUCGCCGACUUUCUCUCCGAACUCGAGGCCGACAGCGGCGCAGCGGCGAGCAUGGCCGUCGAUGGCGACUGGUCGUUCCUUCCAGCCGAGAUAGGAGCUAGAAUAUUCAGCUUCGGGAUGGCGGAGAUGGCGAGCGAGGCGCUGGGCAUGGGGAUGCUGUGUAGCUUGUGCGCGGUUUCAAAGUUGCUGGAUGACGCGAACUACGUCGUUCAGAACGAGCCGUACGAGAUUUCCGGUCCCGCUGCGGCGAUGGGCAUGCACCGGCAGAAGUGGAUCGCGAUUCGCGCGAUGGUGUAUCAGCCGGUCGUCGGCAAGAUGGACGAGCUGGUCGACAUCGUCCAGGCCAGCUGCUACGAGAAGCCGCGCGAGGAGAUGCACAAGCAGCUCGUCAACGCGAACGGGCUGAAUGACAUCCAGCGCCUCCGCGACCUUGCCUUUGCUGGCAACGUCGAGCUCCCGAUCAAGGAGAGCAUCGAGAUGGUGCUUGAGGGCGCAACGCUGCUCGACGGGCUCGGCAGCUUCAUCAGAGACACGGAGCAGGCCCACCUGACCCGCCUCAUGCGAUUCAACCAGGCCGCCCUCAUCUCCGGCCUCUCCAGCUUCCUCGACCAGACCAACUGGGACGCCAUCCGCGCCACGCUGACCAAGCUGACGGACGCAGACACCGCCCACUCCGCCUUCACCCGCUGGGACAUCGGCGGCCCGCUCCGCCACAUCCUGGCCAACCCGUCCACCCCCUCCUCCACCAUCGGCGCCGCCAUCAAGGCCCUCUCCACCGCCGCCCUCCACGACCCCACCACCAACCUCCUCCGCCUCCUCCAGGCCCCGCCGCCGCCGCACGCACCCCCCUCCGCUGACGCGCUCUCCUCGAACGAGCUCAACACGCUGGCCCGCCUCGUGCUGCGCGCCUGGUACCUCAGCCAAGAGGACGCGCCGUCGACCGCACCAGACCAGCUGCGCUGGCUGUCGCGGCACUGCUGGCUGUUCGGGGUGCUCUGCCAGUGGCAGAUGUUUCCGGCCCCGCAGAGCCUCUGGGCGGUGACGACGGCCUUGCUGGACGCGCCGGAGGUAACGGAUGUGAUGGUGCUGCCGGAUGAUUUGUUCGGACUGGCGCCGCCGAAGAGGGAUGUUGACAACAUUCCGGGUGUGGUGGGGCUCUCAGCGUCCAGCACCACCAGCUCGGACCCCGACACAGACAGAGCAAAUGCUCCACGCCGCCGUCCCUCUGCGCCACCGGUCCCCACCGCAGAACGUCCCAGCCGCGCUUCCGGCACGAGAUGGCGACCACCCAACCCGCGCACGCCCACCCGCACCCAGCCAAACAUCAGCCGGCUUCAGGCCUUCCAGCGGAUGCCUCGAGAAGCACAGAUGCGGGUGCUCUACCUGCGCUUGAGAGGAGGCAUGUCCGUCGCCGACGCCAUCGACUCGGUCGUCAGCGAGCGGCGUCUGGGGCUGAACAUCGUGCGGCGCCUGAUCCAGCGGCGGGAGGAGCAGGCGGCAGAGAUCAGAAUCACGCUCGAGCGCGUCAAUGAGAACGUGUUUACGCAGUGGAUCAUGCUGACUGUUCUCGUGCAAGGCCUGCCUGCGGCGGAACAAGCUACGGGUCGCCGAAUGCUUCGGCUGGUUUCGGUCGAUCCACGAGAUAUCCAGUGCAUUGCUAAGGCGCAGAAUGCGGUUGUUGGAAUGGGCCGUGGCCACGAUCUCAUGAAGCGGACACUUGACACACUUUAUGGCCUCGCUACAUCCUUCCACAAGCACGAGGAAAGCCUUCGUGGCUUGCAGCGGUAUGACAGACACCAGCCCAUCCCCGAUGCCGAUCCGAUUGAGGGACCUCCAGAUGGUGUCCUCGCUCCAACUGUUAUUCUCGAGCAUGAAGAGUAUCUUAAGGAGUGUUGCCAAAUUAUGCAAAAGAAGCUGUCGCAGUAUUGUGCAGAAAUGGACCAGUGGAUGCACUCAAUCAUGUUCAUGUUUGCUUAUCAUCAACGCCGACAGGACGGCUUCAAGCAGCUGCAUGAGCUAGCGGUUGGAUGGAAUGGGAAUGUCGUGGGAGAAGAACGCGAACGUCAGGUCUUGCAAGCUCCAAUCGACCAAUCAAGAUGGGACGAUCCGACUACCGACGACCAGCCCUCUAUCCUCCUCGGAGCUGUUUUCAAAUGCUCACUGGCCAGCCCUGGCCGCCCAAGCCGGGAGCUUCUGAGCCGCCUUUCCAGCUGGGAACUCUGGAACACCGACAAGCCUGCAGCCGUCGCCACCAAAGCCUCCGAGACGCUCAAGUCCAUGUGGGACGCAGCGUCCACCCACUGGGACACACUCAGAUUGGUUUUGUCAUGUGACAUCAAGGAAUCGGGGCUUAAUCCUGCCAUGCAGCGCCCAUGGUUGGACUCGAUGAUCAGUGAAGACAUGUCGUCUUUUCAAGAUGUCGCACUGGCCUCCGAAAGGGACGGCUGGCCGUGGCCUAUCCCCGUCAAAAAGAGAAUGUUUACCAUGAUAAUGAUGUACUGUGCCAAGGAGCUGCUCGGGCGUCUCUACAUCGCCACCGAUUUCGUUGCGAAGGGGCUCAGCCGACUGGGGGAGCCCCUGCCAACCCCAAGACAGGUGCCACAACCUCUAUCCACGCUGUACUCCAGAGCAAUGCACCACAGAUAUCUUCUGCGGCAUCGCUCUCUCUUCCAAACCUAUCACCGCAACGCUGUCGAACAAUUCAGGGCUCUUGUAGAGCAAUCAUGCCGCAAUCCCCGCGCCAAAAAGCUGAUGCUGGCCGCCAUGCCCGCGUCCGGCCACGGCGCCGACCUCGAGCAAGUCCGCAACAUAGCCAUGGCAGCCCACCUCGAGCAGAAAUCCAUUCUGGACAGCGCAACCGCACUCUCCCAGGGCCAGACCGAUCUCGCCAAGCUAUCCUCCCACAUCAAGACGACAGGCCUCAAACACACGCGCUACCUCUCCUCCCUCCCCCUCAAAGAAGCCGAAGCCCUCCUAUCUGCCUACACCGACCGCAACCCUUCCUCCCUCCGCGGCGAAGCGCUGCCCGACGCCCUCCUCAACGACUCCUACAGCCGCCCGUACUUCACCGCCGCCACCGCCACCGCCCCCUCCUCCGCCACCACCACCAUCGACCUCGCCGGCCGCCUCACCCACUCCACCUGGCGCGCCCCCAUCGCCGCAACGAUCCACCUCCUCCACCGCAUCAACAACACCCCCCUGUUCUCCUCCUCCUCCUCCUCCUCCUCCCCCCUCCCCUCCAUCGCGACCGCCGACGCCAGGCGGCUGACCUCCCUCGCCCUCACCGCGCUCUUCCACCUCACCGCCGCCGCGGCGAUACCGGCCGUCACGGCGCAGCGCGACAACGCGCGCGCGCUGCUGUCGCGGCACGCCUGGCUGCACGGGCUGCACGCCGCGUGGCUGGCGUGGCAGCGCGACGCGGAGCAGCUGGCCGGCGCGCUGCGGUCGAGCCUGGCUGCGUCGGGGGUGCUGCGGGUGUGCGUGGCGCCGGGUAGGGACAGGGAUAGGGUGGCGUACGCGAGGCGGUUGGCGAGGGUGGUGGGGGAGCGGGGGGUGGAUUGGGCGAAUAUUGAGGGGCUGACGGCGGCGUGUGGGGCGGAGGAGGUGGGCGGGGAGGAGACGAGGAGGGAGGUGUAUGUGCAUUGUCGAAGGUUGAGGGUGUUGCGGGAGGCGACGGAUAUGGUGUUGGGGAUGGGGGAGGAGGGGGUCGUGGAUGCGAGGGUCUUGCCGGCGGAUCUGAAGGUGGGCGACAGGCCGGAGCCGAGGUGCGAGGUGCUGGAGAGGCUGCAUGCGUUGGUUAAGUUUGAUCGGCCGGUGUUGGAGGGCGGGAUGGCGGUGCCGUGGACGCCUGGGUGGGAGGAGGAGCAUGAAAGGAUUGUGUUUGAGUGGCGAAUGGGGCAGAUGUGCGCUGCGUUUGAGCGCUUGUCCUUGGGCUAG